CUCGCCUCUAAUCAACCAACCAACCAACCAGCCCUGCAAUACCACCACAACCACGAGGUACAGGCACCGAUACAAAAGAUGGGGAUUAUCGACUUCCUCAAAGAGAUCCUCCGCCCAGGGAACGGCAUCGACUACCCCAAAAAGGGCGACAUGGUGACCGUGCACUACCACGGCUACCUGCACGAUCCGACGCGGUCGUGGGGACGGGGACGGCGAUUCGACAGCAGUAUCAAGCGCGGAUACCCGUUCACUUUCCAGAUUGGGAUGGGGACUGUCAUUAAGGGAUGGGAGGUCGGCGUGCUCGGGAUGAGCCUGGGUGAGAAGGCGCUGCUUACUUUUGGACCGCACUAUGGGUACGGGGAGAAGGGUGCGCCGCCGUUUAUCCCCGGGAAUGCGAAUCUGGUCUUUAUGGUGGAACUAUUGGCGAUCAAUGGACGCGGGUUGGAGUCGGGGAGUGAUUCGGAGUAGCCUGGCAGGUUCGUGUACGAUAGGAUUGUCGGAACAGUGUUCACGUUGUAUACGUUGCUCGAGCU